ACACACGCACACACGCUCGCGCACACACAGACCAACACUCAAUUAACAGCUAAUUAAGGGCUCGCUGCUUUUCCAGUUGGCUGGAAAACACUUGGAGAGGAGGGACCGUCCACUCGUGGAGGGCGCUUGCAAACAUGACGGAGGGUUGCGAGUUCGAGAUCGACGUAGAGAGCGUGGAGGCGGAGGCUGACGAGCCGAGCGAGCGACCGGAGGAGGACGACCCCCACAACCGCAACCCGGACGGGGACGGCGGGGACGCUCACGCCGCCAAGCCGGGCCACGGAGUCCUGAGCGCGGGCGAGCAGCGCAAGCUGAGCCGCACGCCCAAAUGCGCGCGGUGCCGCAACCACGGCGUGGUGUCGUGCCUCAAGGGCCACAAACGCUUCUGCCGCUGGAGGGACUGCCAGUGCGCCAACUGCCUGCUGGUGGUGGAGAGGCAGCGGGUCAUGGCCGCGCAGGUGGCGCUACGGAGGCAGCAAGCCACGGAGGACAAAAAAGGCCUAUCUGGGAAACAAAUUCCAGCCGAGAGGAGGACCAUCUAUCAGAGACAUGUUCGUCCAUCAACUCUGCUGGCCAAAAGCAUCCUCGAAGGUUUCCGCCCGCUGCCGUCCGAUCCCUUCCUGGCCUCCUCCCUGCCGCCCCCGCUUAGCGACCGCAUGCGCAAGAGGCGGGCGUUCGCCGACAAGGAGCUGGAGAGCAUCAUGCUGGAGCGCGAGUACAAGGAACGCGAGCUUUUGGAGAGCGGCCAGGUCUCGCCGCUGCUCUUUUCCAACAACAUGGCGCAGCACGCAGUGGCAUACUCGCCUGAGGCGCCCCCUAAGGACAUGUGCCUGGGCCCCGCCUGUUUGGACGUGCCAUUGCCGUACCCUGCGGCCGCCAACAACAUGGAGCUCAUCUCGUCCAACGUGAGCGUGGCCACUACUUACCGGCACUACCCGCGGGGAGGCUUCGUGGUGUGGCCCCGCGGUUCCGCCAACCUGGGUGACGCCCUGCUCUACCGCCAGUGCCUCUUCAACGCCACGGCGGUGGAGAAUAUGAAGCCCAGCGGAGCAGUGUGGGAGCCCAAGACCAUGCCCGCCGAGAGCCACCCGCCGGCGCAGGACGCCGCCGACACCGAGGGCUCGCGAGCUGCCACUUUGCAGGACCACGAGGACCCGCUAAGGGUGGCACCAAAAUCUACUACGAGAGAGAACUCUGCUUUCUACCCGCCAAAGAGGAGCUUUGGACAAGCCAAGGAUGCUGCCAAGUUCUCUCUAAAAGUGAACUCCACCUUCCACUCUCUCAUCCAGCACUCGCUGGGCGACAAGGGCGGUGGUGGGACAGCAGUGGCCGAACUCCGGGGGGCGCCGUACUGCAAAGAACUCUUGCAGGAGGCGGCCCGCAAGCUCAGGGAAAGCUCCGGCAAGGACGCGCAGGCCGGCAAAUUGGCCGACAGGUACGCCAAAGACUUCCCGUCCAAGCCGGGAGGGACCAAGAUGGGCCCAAGCGAGUCUCUCUCCUUUUCUGUGGAGGCCAUUUUGAAAAGGCCUGCCAUGAGUCAGGCAUUUCAUUGAAAUAUAAAUACGGUAAACCCCCACAUUUCGCAGAUGGAUAGGAACGGAGCCCUGCUACAAAUAGUGAUCGAUGACCCCCCCAUGUUAAUAACUAACGAUACCAGUGUUUCCCAACCUUUAUGAGCUGAGGCCCUCAUUUUACAUAAGAAAAAUCUCACAGCAUGCCACCAAACAAAAUGUCACAAAAUGUAUAUGGGUGUUUAUUUGAUUUCGGGCACUUUUGAUUUUCGUUUUUAUCAAAAAUAAAAUGUCACAAAAAUGAUAUAUACCUACCUUACCUUAAUUGUCAUCUUUCUGUGAGUCAGAAUCAUGUCCGUAUAUAUUGAUUUUAAGAUUUUUUAUUUUUUUUUAUAUGGUCUUUUUGUCAGAUAUCCCAGAGAAAUGUCAUUAUCGCCACAAUGGCAUAUUGAUUAAAACAUUGAUUAAUCUUGUGAUGGUAAUGACAUUUCAAAGUUUUUAUCUAACUGCGCUAUGUUGGUAGAGUUAGCUUAAAUUUUUCUUUUAGCUAGCUAGUCCUAUACCACAUUUUUAUAUGACUAUCAAGUUUUUACAGGAAAAUCUUUAAACAUAUUAACACUACAAGUCGUUUGGUAAUGACAUGCAAUAAAAAUAUUAUGUGACUUAAGGGUACAAAUGAGGAAGUUAUCAAAAUGUCUGACUUCUCUUUGCCCUAGCAUGUGCUUGAGUGACGAGACAAAAUGACACAGGGAAAUAAAGAAUCAGAUUUUGAAUAAACUUGAUGGAUCUGAAAAUGGUCAAUGUGGCGGUAAUGACAGCAACUUUAAGGGACAGACAUAUUUGAAUAAAAACAAAUGACAGAAUUUGAAAUGGUUUGUAUAUAUGAUGAGAAAUCAUUAAUUCUAUUCUAUUUUAAGGAAUUUAUGGUAAAAGUUACACCAUUUAAUCAUUUUUUUUGGCAGCAAGAUAGAGCUUCAUAUAUCCAAACCCUGUGCUAAGGACAGGGUGAAAACUGUAAAAUACCACCAUAAAACCGCUCAAAAAAUGUCAAAAUAUACUAAUAUUAACAUGAAAUUUUAGACAACACUUAUAAUUAGGCACACCCACUGCUGGUUAAUGAAAAAAAAUCUAUUUAAAUAUAUUUUUUCUUUAAAUUUUACAUCAAGGACAGAAAAAGGCCCGUAAUCAAAUAAACACCCAUAUACGUACUGUAUACUGAAAUAAUGAUAAUCAUCUCCAAUUUUCACCAAUCUACUUACUCUGUGUGAACGUUGGACCUGUUGAUUUAAAAAGCUAUUAAUCUGUUGUAUGAAUGCACUGCAAAAACUAAAAUCAAACCAAGAUUAAAUAUCUUAAAUCAAAGCUAAAGAAAAAUGUGGGUCCAAAAAGAACACCUUCGUAUUGUGAUAUCUUUGUACAGUGUAUUAUAUAUUGUUUCUGCUUGUUCAUGUGGAAUAACUUUAUUUGUCAAAAGUAUUUAAACACGUUCCUCAUGUAAAUAA